CGUGCGGCAGUGGAACGGAUCCUAUGGUUAAGCGCCUGUACAACCAGGCUCUGCUGACCGUACCCGACUCACUGAAGGGUCGAGCCCCGCCUCUUAACGUCCUCGUGGUUGACUACUCGUCCAUCUAUGGUACGGAUUGCCCGGCGGUUGACACCCUUCUGCUUCAGGAGGAUCUCGGUAGGUUACUGGCAUGGGAGGACCUCCAGCAGUUCCUCGGUCGUCUCCGUCGCGACGGUACUGCGAUCUUCUAUUCGCUUCGUACCCUGCGUCGAGCCGCUCUCGGUCCCGGCGCUGAGGAAGCGGAGGACAAGGCUGAAUGCGAGUAUCAGCGGGACGUGGAAGUGGCAAUUCUUGGGAUGCAGGGCAAAUCACGCGAUUCCGAGGCUGAGGCUGCCGCGCUAAAGAAAUUAGCGGAGUCUUUGGGUCGAUCAUUCGCUGAGACGGGCGCCCUUGCGACGGCUUGCGUGAUGUCACUCGUGCUUCCUGCACCCAGUGGUCUCCCGGAUGGCCUUCCCAAGGUUCACCCUUCCGAGCCCGCGGGAACAGACAAGGAUCUGUUGGCCCAACUCGCCAAGCAGCUCGAGACGAAUGGUGAGAUGUUAGAGAUGAUGCUGAAGAAGCGCGCCGAUCAGAUUCUCGCCAUUAACAAAAUCGAGGCUCUGGCUCUCUCGGCGAGCCCGUUUGUGAAGCGCACAGGUGGUGUUCGCUACCUCGGCGCGGCGGCAAAGACACUGCAGGUGCUGUACGACGCGGACGUCCUCUCGGAGGAGGCGGUGAUUGCUUGGGGCCAGCAAAAACAGGCUGCGUUGUCGCUGGAUCCGGACAUGGAUGCGCGGUUCUUCGAAAAGGCGAAGCCGUUCAUCAGCUGGCUGGAGGAGGCAUCCUCUUCUGAGGAGGAGAGCGACGAGGAGUAGAAACUUUUGACAAGCAAUCCUCCCC